UAAUCGAUCAUGACUGAACUCACUUUCACCUUUUAUAUAUCAGCCUAAGGAUAUUUCAUGCUCCUAAAGAAACCCUAAUAGAAAACAAGAUAAACACUAGCCAAAAGAAUAACAAAAGAGAAAAAAUGAAGCCAUCGUUUGUUCUCCUGUCUAUUGCCUUAUUAUUACUAUCAUCAUCACUAUCGGAUGCAGCCGACUCUGGAUCGCCGUCACAGUCACCGUUGAUGUCUCCAACACCAGAACCAUCAAACUCCAUCGACUGUUCCAGCGUCAUAUACAGCAUGGUGGAUUGUCUCUCAUUCUUAACCGUUGGAUCAACUGAUCCAAGCCCUACCCAAACAUGUUGUGCUGGGAUCAAAACGGUUCUUGAAUAUAGUCCUAAGUGUCUUUGCUCUGCGUUAGAGAGUAGUCGUGACAUGGGAUUCGUACUAGAUGAUAACAAAGCUCUUUCCCUGUCAAAAAUUUGCAACGUUCCCAUUGAUCCUCAUUGUGUUUCUCCGCCGGUAGAGCCGCCUACGACUUCACCACCGUCUUCCACAAAGUCGCCGGCCAUAAUCCGUUCACCACCGCCUGUUAGCCACUCACCACCGCCUGUUAGCCACUCACCACCGCCUGUUAGCCACUCAUCACCGCCGGUUAGCCACUCAUCACCGGCACGGACAGUCUCAUCAUCGACAAUGACCGCUUCAUCGCCUGCAGCAACUUCACCAUCACCAUCACCUUCACCAUCAAUAUCUAGUACCGGGAUUUUAUCAGUAUCCAAACUAGUCCUAGCUGUUGUGAUUGUUUCUUCUUUUGGUUUUAUCUUAGCUUAGAUUAUGUUUUUGCUUUAUUUAUUUAAAUAAGUUUAAUCAACUUCUUUUAAUUAUUUAAUUUUUAUUAUGGAUUCUGUACAAAUAAUUUGUGAUGAUUGUUAUGGAUUUACUUAAAUAG